AUACGUUAGCCGGAGCCUUGCGCAUUUCUCUUUAGAAAUGCUACUGUCUACGGUCAGCUUGGUAUUCUUGCUGGCAUGUCAAGCUUAUGGACAAUCUGUACAAGUUAAGAUACCAGUGUGGGACCCUACAAAUUUCCUAACCCGUGUUGUUGGCGUUCCAACAUAUAAUGAUAAUACUAAUGCGCAAAGACCACAAACUACCAACAACAACAAGGAAAAAGAAAACAAUUAUAACAGAUAUCUGAACACAUACUACAACUACCUGUUGAACGCCUAUCAGAAUCCAGCAUUAUAUGAUCCUUAUGGGCCCUACGGACCUUACGGCCCAUAUGGGUAUUUUGGACAGAUUUCACCUAAUGACUUUCAAACUACGACUCAGGCUCCAGCAAUAUCAACAACGACUGUGCCUCUCACAACAUCGACUCAAACACCAACCACAUCCACUGCUCUUCCCACUUCUACUGGAGUACCAACUACAUCAACCGCUCUUCCAACUACGACAUCGACAACUACACAGCCACCAUCGACUUCCACAGCUAUACCUACUUCAACAUCCUCAACCACGAUAGCGCCAACCACACAGAAUCCGACAACGGAAUCAACAUCUACUCAGAGUUCUAUUUGCGUACUGUUUCCCAAUUUACCGUUGUGUCAAACAUCAACAACGACUUCGUCAACAACGGCAGCACCAACAACUUCCACAGCGAUUCCCACUUCCACUACAACAACCACACAGGCAACAACAACAUCUACUGCAAUCCCAACAUCAACCACAGAAGCGCCCACAACUUCCACAGCAAUUCCGACUUCAAGUUCUUCCACAACAGAUUCCGCAACAACUUCUACUGCUAUCCCUACGUCAACUACGGAAGCACCAACAACUUCUACAGCGAUUCCUGCGACCACUACAACAACCACACAGGCACCAACAACAUCUACUGAAAUCCCAACAUCAUCCACAGAAGCGCCUACAACUUCCACAGCUAUUCCGACUCCUAGUUCUUCCACAACAGAUUCGCCAACAACUUCUACUGCUAUCCCUACGUCAACUACGGAAGCACCAACAACUUCUACAGCGAUUCCUACAUCGACCACAACAACCACACAGGCACCAACAACCUCUACUGCAAUCCCAACAUCAUCCACAGAAGCGCCAACAACUUCCACAGCUAUUCCGACUUCAAGUUCUUCCACAACCGAUUCCCCAACAACUUCUACUGCUAUCCCUACGUCAACUACGGAAGCCCCAACAACUUCUACAGCGAUUCCUACGUCGACUACAACCACCACUCAGGCAACAACAACAUCUACCGCUAUUCCAACUUCAACCACAGAAGCGCCCACAACGUCCACAGCUAUUCCGACUUCUAGUUCUUCCCCAACAGAUUCCGCCACAACUUCUACUGCUAUCCCCACGUCAACUACGGAAGCCCCAACAACUUCUACAGCGAUUCCUACAUCGACCACAACAACCACACAGGCACCAACAACCUCUACUGCAAUCCCAACAUCAUCCACAGAAGCGCCAACAACUUCCACAGCUAUUCCGACUUCAAGUUCUUCCACAACCGAUUCCCCAACAACUUCUACUGCUAUCCCUACGUCAACUACGGAAGCCCCAACAACUUCUACAGCGAUUCCUACUUCUUCCACAACAGAUUCCGCCACAACUUCUACUGCUAUCCCCACGUCAACUACGGAAGCCCCAACAACUUCUACAGCGAUUCCUACAUCGACCACAACAACCACACAGGCACCAACAACCUCUACUGCAAUCCCAACAUCAUCCACAGAAGCGCCCACAACUUCCACAGCUAUUCCGACUUCAAGUUCUUCCACAACUGAUUCCCCAACAACUUCUACUGCUAUCCCCACGUCAACUACGGAAGCCCCAACAACUUCUACAGCGAUUCCUACAUCGACCACAACAACCACACAGGCACCAACAACCUCUACUGAAAUCCCAACAUCAUCCACAGAAGCGCCCACAACGUCCACAGCUAUUCCGACUUCUAGUUCUUCCACAACAGAUUCCGCCACAACUUCUACUGCUAUCCCCACGUCAACUACGCAAGCCCCAACAACUUCUACAGCGAUUCCUACAUCGACCACAACAACCACUCAGGCAACAUCAACAUCUACCGCUAUUCCAACUUCAACCACAGAAGCGCCCACAACGUCCACAGCUAUUCCGACUUCUAGUUCUUCCACAACAGAUUCCGCCACAACUUCUACUGCUAUCCCCACGUCAACUACGGAAGCCCCAACAACUUCUACAGCGAUUCCUACGUCGUCUACAACAACCACUCAGGCAACAACUACAUCUACCGCUAUUCCAACUUCAACCACAGAUGCGCCCACAACGUCCACAGCUAUUCCGACUUAUAGUUCUUCCACAACAGAUUCCGCCACAACUUCUACUGCUAUCCCCACGUCAACUACGCAAGCCCCAACAACUUCUACAGCGAUUCCUACGUCGUCUACAACAACCACUCAGGCAACAUCAACAUCUACCGCUAUUCCAACUUCAACCACAGAAGCGCCCACAACGUCCACAGCUAUUCCGACUUCUAGUUCUUCCACAACAGCUUCCGCCACAACUUCUACUGCUAUCCCCACGUCAACUACGCAAGCCCCAACAACUUCUACAGCGAUUCCUACGUCGUCUACAACAACCACUCAGGCAACAUCAACAUCUACCGCUAUUCCAACUUCAACCACAGAUGCGCCCACAACUUCCACAGCUAUUCCGACUUCAAGUUCUUCCACAACUGAUUCCCCAACAACUUCUACUGCUAUCCCCACGUCAACUACGGAAGCCCCAACAACUUCUACAGCGAUUCCUACGUCGACCACAACAACCACACAGGCACCAACAACCUCUACUGCAAUCCCAACAUCAUCCACAGAAGCGCCCACAACUUCCACAGCUAUUCCGACUUCUAGUUCUUCCACAACAGCUUCCGCCACAACUUCUACUGCUAUCCCCACGUCAACAACGGAAGCCCCAACAACUUCUACAGCGAUUCCUACGUCGACUACAACAACCACACAGGCACCAACAACAUCUACUGCAAUCCCAACUUCAAGUUCUUCGACAACUGAGACAAUAUCCACGUCAACUGCUGUUCCCACAACAAGUUCGACGACUACAGAGGCUACAUCCACGUCCACUGCGGUCCCCACAUCGAGUUCAUCGACAACUGAGGCAACAUCUACCACCACAGUAGCCCCCACAACGAGUUCAGCGACAACUGAGGCAACAUCUACCACCACUGUAGCCCCCACAACGAGUUCAUCGACAACUGAGGCAACAUCCACUACCACUGUAGCCCCCACAACCAGUUCAUCGACAACUGAGGAAAUAUCCACGUCUACUGCAGUCUCCACAACGAGUUCGACGACUACAGAGGCAACAUCUACGUCCACUGCAGUCCCCACAUCGAGUUCAUCGACAUCUGAGGCAACAUCUACCACCACUGUAGCCCCCACAACCAGUUCAUCGACAACUGAGGAAAUAUCCACUACCACUGUAGCCCCCACAACCAGUUCAUCGACAACUGAGGAAAUAUCCACGUCUACUGCAGUCUCUACAACGAGUUCGACGACUACAGAGGCAACAUCCACGUCCACUGCUGUGCCAACAACGAGUUCAUCUACAACUGAGGCUACAUCCACGUCCACUGCGGUCCCCACAUCGAGUUCAUCGCCAACUGAGGCAACAUCUACCACCACUGUAUCACCCACAACCAGUUCAUCGACAACUGAGGAAAUAUCCACGUCUACUGCAGUCUCUACAACGAGUUCGACGACUACAGAGGCAACAUCCACGUCCACUGUUGUGCCAACAAUGAGUUCAUCUACAUCUGAGGCAACAUCUACCACCACUGUAGCCCCCACAUCGAGUUCAUCGACAACUGAGGCAACAUCUACCACCACUGUAGCCCCCACAACGAGUUCAUCGACAACUGAGGAAAUAUCCACUACCACUGUAGCCCCCACAACCAGUUCAUCGACAACUGAGGAAAUAUCCACGUCUACUGCAGUCUCUACAACGAGUUCGACGACUACAGAGGCAACAUCUACGUCCACUACAGUCCCCACAUCGAGUUCAUCGACAUCUGAGGCAACAUCUACCACCACUGUAGCCCCCACAACCAGUUCAUCGACAACUGAGGAAAUAUGCACGUCUACUGCAGUCUCCACAACGAGUUCGACGACUACAGAGGCAACAUCUACGUCCACUGCAGUCCCCACAUCGAGUUCAUCGACAUCUGAGGCAACAUCUACCACCACUGUAGCCCCCACAACCAGUUCAUCGACAACUGAGGAAAUAUCCACGUCUACUGCAGUCUCUACAACGAGUUCAUCGACAACUGAGGAAAUAUCCACGUCUACUGCAGUUUCUACAACAAGUUCGACGACUACAGAGGCAACAUCUACGUCCACUGCAGUCCCCACAUCGAGUUCAUCGACAACUGAGGCAACAUCUACCACCACUGUAGCCCCCACAACGAGUUCAUCGACAACUGAGGCAACAUCUACCACCACUGUAGCCCCCACAAUGAGUUCAUCGACAACUGAGGCAGUAUCCACGUCUACUGCAGUCUCUACAACGAGUUCGACGACUAUAGAGGCAACAUCCACGUCCACUGCUGUGCCAACAACGAGUUCAUCUACAUCUGAGGCAACAUCUACCACCACUGUAGCCCCCACAUCGAGUUCAUCGACAACUGAGGCAACAUCUACCACCACUGUAGCCCCCACAACGAGUUCAUCGACAACUGAGGAAAUAUCCACGUCUACUGCAGUUUCUACAACAAGUUCGACGACUACAGAGGCAACAUCUACGUCCACUGCAGUCCCCACAUCGAGUUCAUCGACAACUGAGGCAACAUCUACCACCACUGUAGCCCCCACUACGAGUUCAUCGACAACUGAGGCAACAUCUACCACCACUGUAGCCCCCACAACGAGUUCAUCGACAACUGAGGCAGUAUCUACGUCUACUGCAGUCUCUACAACGAGUUCGACGACUACAGAGGCAAUAUCCACGUCCAAUGCAGUUCCUGAAACGAGUUCAUCGGCAACAGAUGCAACAUCGACAUCCACUGCUGUUCCUGCGACUACUUCUUCAACGGCAGACGAUUCGACAACAUCGACUGCCCUGCCAACAACUAGUUCAUCAUCAACAGAAGCUACGACAACGUCGACUGCUUUACCGACAAGAUCGGUGAGCGCAGAAACAGAUGCUGAAGCUUCCACUGAAGAUUCACUGUGCUCUUCCUUUCCAAAUCUACCAAGUUGCCAGUCCGCGAAAAAAAUAGAUACUAAUGAUAGCUCUGAGAAGCAAGAGGAUGCAGCAUCUUUUCAGUUUAAGCCAGGUCAUCAGCUGUCAAUAAUUUCGGUGCCUCAAUCUGUGACGUCACUCUGUUUCUUCUAUCCGCGACUCUGCAUGAAACCGGAAAAAGCCCAAUUUGUACAGGCCACUGAUGGAAAUGGAAAGCCUCUAUUGUUGAUAUCACCAGUCCAAGGGAGAUCGGCUGAACCCAUUCACCCACCGACUCUUUGGCGAGCUAUAAAACGGAUUGCUGACCAACAAAGUUAAUUUUUACCUUUAACCUGAUUCGAAUUUAUGCCAAUAAAUAAUUAUUACAAACCAUU